CGCGCGCUGCUGCUCAGAGUUGAUGUGGAACCACUUUAAAACAGAGCAGUCUGCAUUUUAUCAAUGGCCAGCAGCAGUUAAUACGGUAACUUCAUAACUCAGUCUGCCUGCAGCUCACGGAGUGAACAGCUAAAUUAGUUUAUGGAGACUUCCGGGUUCAGUUAGCAAUGCGAAAACAAUGCAAAUUGUUAUACAAACAUUCAGGUUAAUCACAAAUAUUUUUCAUAACAUAAAGUAACAGCAAAAUACCCCGAACGAAACCUCCCAGUUCGGAAUGCUGGAGCUAUUAAAACCUUUGUGGAAGAUAUUUAAAAGAUUUACGAGGCGUUACAGCAGAGUGACGUUACCCGAUGCCAUCCCGGCUGUCACCGCUGCCAUGGCCUGAGAUCUUUGUGUACUGGCUGCUCUCUUUGGGCUCUCAUUUUUACUCUUUUUACCAGCUGCACAAGUUCUCCAAAGAGCAUGAAGCUGGUUUACAGAGAGAGUUCCAGUUGGAAAAUGGCCUUUUUAAGGGCUUCAAAAGGGACCCGUCUGACUUUGAGUGGAGUUUCUGGACUGAGUGGGCCAAAAAGUCUUUGCUGUGGACUCUAGUCGGUCAUGGCGUAUUAUCAAGAUUGGCGGCCAUUUUUCACCCCAAGCUUAAGGUGCUUGCGCUCACAGUGUUCGACUUCUUGGCAGCCAGCAGCUUGCUGGGCUUUAAGGGUGUGGGGGUUCUGCUGCUACAGCUGUCCGUUGCCUUCUCAGUGGCCCAGCUGCGAAAGCCUUCUCUGACGUGGAUCGCUAACCUUCUGCUGCUUUCCACAAUUCACAUUCAGCCACUGCAACACAUCCAGAGAGGCUGGUACAGCACAGAGGAGGAGUACUACCUGCUACUUUUCAGCAUUGCCGUCUGUGGCCUGCGAUUCAUCAGCUUCAGCCUGGAGCACUGCUGGAGCCCUUUAGAGUGCGGUCGAGUCGCGCAGCUCUUCUGGCUGUUUUCAUACACCUUCUAUCAUCCUUUCUUCUACAAUGGACCCAUUAUCACUUUCAAAGCCUACUCUGAGCAGAUGAGGAAGUCAGUCGACGAGAACAGCGGGCAGGAAUCUGUCUUUGGCUAUGUGCUGGUCAGAUCAGCCCGGGUCAUUCUGUGGUGGAUCCUGGCAGAAUACAUGAUCCACGUCAUGUACAUGCACUCCAUCCACUCCAAUGAGACCUAUGUAGAAAUGCUUCCUCCCUGGGCUUUGGAACUUGAAGUGAUUUCAGCUCCGUGUCUCCUGUCUGCCCCAGGCGGUCUGGCUCUGGCUCUCGUCCAGUUCUUCUACGUGAAGUAUCUGGUGCUGUUCGGGCUUCCGUCCAUGCUCGCCACUUUGGACGGCCUGGUCCCGCCGAAGCUCCCGCGCUGCGUCAGCAUCAUGCACAGCUUCACGGGGAUGUGGAGGUACUUUGACGAGGGGCUGUAUCGAUGGCUCAUCAGAUGCGAGAUGAUACCCGUGACACAAUACCUCCACGGUUCCUCUUCUGAAGACAUUUUAAUGCAGCUCCAAAAAAAUUCUGCCGAUGUCGUCUGAAGAGGGCUGGAUGAGCGUGUAGGUGUUAAACGACGAGCUCCACAUGAGUCACUGGCACCUCGUCUCCCUGGGCAGCUAAGUGCCUCAUUCUUUGCCAUUGCAUUAUGCUUUCCAGGCCUCUGUGCCACCAGGUAUCAAGUACAGCUGAAAAAAAAAAGAAAAAAAAAUUAAGCUCCUCAGGGGUGAUUGAUUGAGUUAUUACAUUUGCAACAGAGGACGGACAUUUGAUCCUGCAAAUAAUAUAUAUUUUUGUAAAUAUUUAUAUUGGACUGUAGGUUAAGAGGUCAACUGUUAGAAGUUGAGCAAUAAAAUAAAUCACAAAUAACCAUUUGUGAUUUAUUUUUCACUUUACCCGUUUCUAAACCAAGUAUGUCAUCUGAGAAUCUGAUUAAACAGCUCUAGAGUUUUUUAGGCUCCUUUUUCUUUGCCACAUGUGAACAAAAGCCAUCAUAAAGGACUUGAAAUGCAGAAACUUUUCAGAACAAAAUAUAAACAAAAAUGGUUAUAAUUCACUGCAUUUGUUGGUAACAAAUGGUACAGUAGAAAUAUCAUAUUGUCUUUUCCUGGGUGUUCAUGUGACAAGUUGUAGUUGAUUAGUACAAAAGAUGUCAAAAUUUCUACAAACUUCCUCAUUUAAAGGGACAGCAUUAUGUAUUUUCCAGGCAUGUAGUGCCAUUUUAAAGCGCAAUCAAGUGACUGUGUUGCCUUCAGUUGUUGUAAAAACGCUGCACAUAUCAAACAUGACUUAAUAGAAAUUUGACUCCUUAAAAUUGGGUCUCUGUCUCUUUAAGAAGCUCCUUCUCUUUCUGAUUCUCCGCCUUCAGCAGUGCUUCUCAUUAUACCGUUUACAGCUGUUCUUAGGAGCAUUGCACUAAGUAGUUUAUGUGGUGAGCUCAGCAGAUGUUUGCUAAUUGUCGCGCUCCAGGUGAGGGAAUAACAUUUUAAUAUGUUGAAAGGCUCAAAAAAGUAGAUUGUUACAGAAUACUGCCCCUUUAAAUAAAAAAUAAAAUACAAUACAUAUAAUAAAGCUGUGCAGGUCAAUGACAAUCCCUAAAAGUCAUAGAAAGACACUGAUUUACUUGCAUAAAAAUCUAACCUCCUUUCUUUUCUGGGUUACAUCAAAACAAACCGUCCCCUCUAGUUUGGGAGAGCCAAGCGGUGUCACCUCCUCUCAGGGCCUGCGGACCUGUCAGUCAGCCGAGGCUGUGGUCUCCUUAAAGAGUACAUGGAGAAGCAGACAUUUGUGGGUCAGGUUUUUCUGCCCCAUUGCUCCAUAAUAUUUCACAGUUCACCAGCUGGGAAAUAUUGGCCUCGCAGCGUGAACCUCAUUUCUAAUAAAACGCUGAGAAGCACACCGAAAACAAACUAAUACAAAUCUAAACGGUACUAGAUAAAGACAUUAUAUGAUAUUUAUGAGAAUGAUGAUUCAACAUGGGAAAAGUUGUUAAAAGGCUAAAUAGGUAAUAGCUGAUAUGAAUUUGAAAUUGAACUUUGUUGCUGAAACCAAUAAACAUGGAAAAUAAAAACUAACGUGACCCACCAUACCGACUGCUGAAACUUUAGUUUUUAGUGUUUAUACCAGCAUUUACUAAUGUGAACCGAAGCCUCUUAUUCUGAAUGCCUCUUAUCUUCUGCUAUCUUCUAUUAAUAAUCUGAUACGUCUUAUCCUGAAUUUCCCCACGGUUGGUCUAAAAAAGGAUAUCUCUAUUAUUAAUGAAGCGUCGACUGUUUUAACGGCAAAUCCUCCGAGUGCGGCCGCACAUCACUGGUCUGGUUCUCUUCUUCCUCUGUGUUUAGUCUGAUGAUAUUCGCCGACGCUGUAGUCCAGAGCAACGGUGACAUGUUCUAGUGCAGCACACCACUUUACCUGCGACCGGACAAUAUAAAUACUAUUCGUGUCUUGUUUAAAACGAGGUCAGGCCUGGUUUAAGCAUGCGCUGACAUUUCUCUGGGUAGCCUUGUGAAGCCAGAGUUCCCCAUUUUAAGGCUUGUAGCAACAGCAGAAGCAAGAAAAACACUUUUUCACAGAACUGUAUAGACAGUGACUCCAAACCAGACUGGGGUGUACUCAAAUGGUUUUAGUUAUUUUAUUACAGAGUAACUCAAAUACUGUUUUUCUUCUGGAGAGCAGACGGAAGGAAAUUGUAGGAUAGCCCU